AAAUUCUGGCGAUUGAUCAAUAUCUGCACAUUAUUGACCGAAGGCGCUUCUGCAAAAAACUAUAUACAUACAUAAAUACAUACACUUACUUACAUAUUCACAAAAAAAGAAGACUUCCGAAAGUGUUCAUCUAGCAACAAACACCAUCAUCAACUCCAAAACGAACCAAAUAUACAGUUAAAAUAGUACAGUGAACUCUGAAUGACCAAAUAAAAACCGAAAAAAAAUCAAAAAUUUCAAAGACAAAAAUCAGUCAUGAGACCCACUCAAAUUGCUUGCUUUUGAAGCGCGCACUCUCCUUCCACAGCUUCUACUACUUCAGCUUCGUCUUCGUAAUAUUUAAAAUAUUACCAUUAAAAUGUGUGUAAGUACUCAAGGUCUACUUGUUUCCAAGUCUUCAAUAUAAAAAGCAAGUGCUCGUUAGUGAAUUGCAAUCACAAUCGAAUCGGCAAUUUAACAGCGCACUUCUUCGUCCGGCAGCCCAUAAACACACGCACAGCCGCAACGCACAACGGCACACACUUUGCGAAGUAGACACCAGAGGCAAAAACAUAAAUAAUGCGAUUUCUCACUCUAACGCUUGUGGCGUGUGCUGCCUUUGGCUCAGCCAUGGCAGAUGUCUCACAUUUGCCCAAACAUUACAUACCGCCAACAACGAUGAUGAUGCCACCGGGUGGAGCGGGCAGUCAACAGUCGGAGAUGGGUGUGCAUAGUGGACUUCCUAUUACACAUAUGGGUAGACACACAGUGACGACGAUUGAGAAGCAGGAGCUUAGAGAACUGCCAACACAAACGGAAUACCUGCAACCGGGCCAGACGCCUUAUGGUGUAGGAGUGAGCAAAGGCAACGGCUACAAUGAACGCAAGGUUAUGCCAUUAGGUGCGAAUGGAGCGGAAAAACCAUUAGCGAUGAUGAUGCCGCGAGAGCUGUUGCCACCUGCACCACCAACCACCCCUCUACCUUCCGUGGAACCAAAACACGGGCAAGAAGCGCCAGUAGUCGCACCGAGCAACGGUUAUUUGGCACCAGAAAUGAAUGGCGUACCAGACAGUCGUGCGAGCCAGAGUAACAUGCCAUCCAGGCAAUACUUAACGCCACCGAUGAUGAUAUCCGAACAACGUAUGGAGGAAAGUCCAGUAGCUUCACCCAGUAAACAAUAUUUGGCGCCAAUAAUGAACAUCAGUGAGCAAGAAGAGCCAGAAGCAAGCCAAAAUCGUGAGGAAUCGCGAGCCACAGCUCCUUCUAAGCAAUAUUUAACGCCAAUGACAAUGCAAAUGCAAGCAAAAAUGCUCGAAGAGCACAAGAUGAAUGUACCAAGCAAACAAUACUUAGCAUCACUGCCAACAAUGUCAGCCGCCCAAGAAGAGCAACCAUUACCACAACAAUCAGCACCUGCACCACGCUACUUGCCACCACAGCAGCAACGGCAGAUGGAACAGCAAACGCACGAGAUGCCAGCCAAUCAAUAUUUGGCUCCACAUACGACUGAACAGGAAAUGCAAAUGCAACACUCAACAGAGCCGCCGCAAAGGCCAGCACCAGCACUAGCACCAGUGACACACUAUUUGCCACCUUCCUCAAUGCAAAUGUCACGUGAACUACCUGCACGUGAGCAAACAAUGGCGUUUGCAUCUCAUAUGCAGCCAUCACGGGAAUACCUCAGUCCAUUUGGCGAGGGGGAAAAUGUUGCAGAAGCCGCUCAAGAAGCGGCAGAAAUGCUGAAUGAACCAUCCGUCCAUCAGCCCAUGCCGCCAGCUGCUGAAGAGGAGCCCGCAAACUACUAUCUGCCUCCACAAUCCGCCGCCCAGCCCCUCACCACACCACCACAGGCGUCUGAGACUUUAGAACCUGUUGACUUUGUCCGUCAGCAUCACCAACUGAUGACACAGUACGAGGGUGUACCUGAAGCGCCCGUUUCAUUUUCUCAAUUCCAAUCGAUAAACAGUGUAGAACCGAACGCUGAACCCAUGCCCGCUCAUUUUUUGGCCGAUGAUGGUUACCAUUAUCUUAACGGGAAUAGCGCUGCGGGUCGCUUCCGUGUGAGACAUUGAAGCUGGUUUUCGUAAGGCGCUUUGUAGCGAGGUUACAAAAUUUGUUAAAUUUUUCAUUGUUUUAGGUUAGUUUUUCCAAAUAAAGUGCAUUGCAAAAAUUA